AUGAAUGUUGACAAAAUCCUCGAAGAUUUACAAAACAUAGCUUUAGAAUGCGGUAAAAUACACAUGAAAUACUACAAUGUCGACCAUAUCGAUUUCACUACAAAAACUUCAUUUUGCGACAUUUUAACAAAGGCUGAUUUAGAAUCCGAUGCAUAUAUUCGUAGCCAAAUAGACAAAUUAUAUCCAAAUGCAGGAAUCAUUACAGAAGAAGGCGAAAAUAAACAGCCUACAAAGUGCGAUAUGGAUGAAAUUUGGUUUUGCGCAGACCCUCUUGAUGGCACUGCAAAUUUUGCAAGUUAUUUCCCUAAUUUCUGCGUAUCAAUAGGCGUUUUAGAUAAAAACCACAAACCAAUCGCCGGUGUUGUUUAUCAUCCUACAAGAGACGAAUUAUUCAUCGGAGCAAAAGGUAAAGGUGCAUACCUUAUACAUAAUGGAACGAAAAGGCAACUGCAUUGUAGCAAAGCAACAGAUAUUAAAAAUCAAGUUAUUACAACCAUUUUAUUAGCUAAUUACUCUGAAUAUUACUUAUCAGAACUUUCCACUGUACUUAAAGUUGCCAAAGAUUUCCGCGAAUCUGGCAGCUGCGCUUCUGAUCUUUGUAAUAUUGCUGCUGGACGAUUGCCUGGAUUCUACGGAUACGGUCCACACGCAUGGGAUCUUGCUGGAGCAUGGCCUAUUAUCGAAGAAGCUGGUGCUGUUAUUGUUAAUUACGAUGGAGUCGAAUUUUCACGUAAAAAUCUUCAUAUUCCACGCCUAGGUAUUGUCGCAGGCCCUCCAGAAAUAGUUAAGCAGCUAGUAGAAAUUACUUCAAAAUUUGGAGAAAAACCAUUUUAA